AAUGGUGUCCUGCAGGUCCACUAAAGGUGCGUCCAAAGCUCGGCGCGACCACAUCAAUGCAGAGAUCCGGAACAUGCGGGCGCUGCUGCCCAUUUCGGCGGAGGACCAGGAGCACCUCUCCUACCUCCACACCAUGGCCAUCAUCUGCACCUUCAUCAGGAAGACCGUCCUCCUCACAGCUGGUGGAGAGACGAGUGAUGAAGGUCUGCUGCCUCCGAAUGAAGAUCUUCUGCAGGUCCUGCCAGGUUUCAUUGUCGUGAUGACCAAGCAGGGAAAGCUGGUCUGCGUGUCUGAAAACGUGUCUCAGUAUCUCGGCUUCUCCAUGGUCGAGAUCCUGCAGAGCGACACGUUCUAUGAUCUGAUUCACGCUGAUGAUGUGGAUUCAGUGAAAUUCAGUUUAGAAGAAAAUUGCAGUGCAGCAGGGCGGAGUUUCGUGUGUCAUAUGCACACCUCUAAGGCGUUCAGGCUGCAGUACGGGGGCUGCUGCCCCCUGCUGGUGAGAGGUCGUUAUCAGGACCCUAAGCGCAGCCUGUUUGUUGCUCUGUGUGCGCCGACGGUGGACAGACUGAUGGACGGCGAGCGUCUGAGCUUCAAAGCUUACUUUCAAAGCAUCCACAGAGGCGACAUGAGCUACACCUACACUGAGCGCAGUGUGGUUCUGUAUUUGGGUUACGAAGCAGAGGAGCUGAUUGGGCGAUCAUGGUACAGCAUGCUCCACCCAGAUGACCUGUCACUGACCGCAAGCGCACACACACAUCUGAUUGAUGAUGAUGAUGACGAUGAUGGUGAUGAAGGUGAGGAGAUGGUGGAGCUGGUGUUUAGAGUUCAGACUAAAACUCUGCUGUGGAUCUGGAUCUUCAGUCGCGCCUCUAAACUCACUCACAAACAGGAAAUCACCUGCACUAACUUCCUGAUCAGUGAGACCGAGGCGCUGUAUCUGAGGCAGAAGCUGUACAGCGCUGUAUCUGCGCCGCCUCUAACUCCUUCCAUAUCUCAGAUGCCAUGGGGUCCCGGACCCUGCAGGUCUCCGAAGCGGCCAGCAGAGGGCGGCGAUCAGAGCGCCGGACCGAGGAGAAAAGUCAGGAGGCUUUCCAAGCGAUUGCCAACAUAUGGCGCGCCGGCGAGUACGAGCGGAGACCACAGAGACGGAUCAGCUGACCGAUCGUUCUUCUCCACCCCCCCCCACAGCCCCGCCUCCUCCCUGUCUGAUGACUGCUCGGACGUCCUGCAGGACGUCAUGUCUCCUUCGUUCUCCUCCUCACUGCCCUUCCAGCACCUCCACCCGCAGCCAUUUCUCCAAAGUUCUUUCGGCGUGGAGCCCCACCCCCUCCCUUCUCCCCCACUCUACCCAGAAGGCCCAGCUGAAGCCAGUCUGGUUCCUGACUGUGUUCUCCACUACGAGAACUUCAGCCUGCUUCCAGAGCUGAUGGCCGAUGAAGUUGGGACCUCAUCUCUGGGCGAGCUGUUGACCUCUGGCCCCUCGCUGACCGUCCACGGCUCUACGCUGUCCGAUCUGAGCUACACUGAACGAGAACAGGCUGAGAUCAGCGUGCUGGCCCAUCAGAUCUCCUCCCUGGCCAGCAGCUUUGACAUGUACCGCGCUAAAAGCCAUGACUCAAACCUCACCCGCUCCCCCUGCUGGCCGUCUGCCAUCACGCCACCCACUGAGCCGCUCCUUGAUGAGGACGUCAUUGACAGCAUCCUGAGGGACUGGGAUGGAGCACCAGUCAAGAAGGAUUCAGGCUCUGGAUGGAGGCAAGUUCCCAGAAUCUCGCCAGACAAUGGACCUGGACUGCAGGACCUCUCUCUGGACGUUCUGGUGGACUCCGUCCCGUUAGAACCGCACUUGGCAGAUGGUCAUCUGUGGCCCUCUUUUUACAGACGGGACUGUCAUGAAGAGAACAUCGAGUUGCAUCAACUCAGUCUUUACCUGCACGGCAACUUCCAGCAAGACGGGUUUGCUGAUGAAUCCAUGUACUGAACACAGUCCAGGACUGACGGUACUGACCCGGUAUGGCAUAUUGUCAUGGCAACUAGAGGCUCUUCUUCUUCUCUGGACUUGAAGAAGCUGCUGAAGACCUUCUCUCUCCGCCGCUGUGACGGAUCAGGUUCAUCAGGCUGGAAAAGAGGAAACGUUUAAAGCCUCUUUGCUGCCACAGCAGAAUAUCAGU